CCAGUAGAAAGAAGAGAUAUACCUAGACUGUACAGCUGGUGACCGACUCGCAGCUUAGAAAGACGAAGCUAUCCUAUUUUACUUCUUAUCUUUCCAGUAAUUCCGUUGUCAAUAAAUUACAGUGAGGCGAGUAUUGUUCUGCAGCUGACCAGCUCCAGCAUCACAUCAGCUGCCGCUCCCAGUGAGCUUCCCCCAACUGACUAAGCCCAGUGCUGGUUCUCUCGCUGUCCAUCCAUCCAUCUCCAGGUCAACCUUGACAUCACAUCACCACUUCAUCAACUCAUCUUCCCCUACUCACCGAGGCACCAUCUCCCAUCUUUUCUUAUUUUUCUUGGUUCUUCAAUCCCUACUCUUGUUCCUUUCGUCAUUUCUUUGCAGAUUUUCUUCUUGUCCUCGGACAUUGGUCCUCUUAUUUCCCCUUCCUCCGUUCCCCGGUUCCUGCAAUCGCUCCUUGCUCAGCCGAGCUCCAAGUUGAAGAAAGAUGCCGGCCGAGAGACGUUCGUUGCGAUCGAACAGCAAGUCAGAUACUUCUUCAUCUGCUAACGGUGAAAAAGCGCGUUCCGACUCGCAGAGCUCAAGUUCCAACAAGGACAAGGCCGCGCCAAACCGCGCCGCCUCCAACAAGGCCAAAUCUCCCACACCGGCGGCUUCGUCCAACAACGUAUCUAACUCCGGUAUGGGCGAGCAGCGUGAUCAGCCGCAUACCAACGGCGUGAACGGUUCUGAAGAUAUUGAGAUGGGAGAGGAUACGGCAGGUGGGCCUACAUCCUCAUUCAACACCCGUAAGGAUCGGAAAGGUGACGAGAAGAUGACUGUUGUAGUGCCCCGUCCAAGGAAAGGACAGAACCAGGAGGAAGAUGUUGUCAUGGAGGCCGCAGAGACUGAUUCUCAGAAGCCGGGGUCGGAGGUUGAUCCCAGAGUCAAGGCCAUUCAAGAUAUCAAGAUCAACUUCACACUCCUCGAGCGAGCUGUAGCCCACUUCGACCCCAGAUUUACACUGCGCGUUCUCAGGUCGAUAUCCUCAAUGCGCAAGCACAUCACUGCUGAUGUGCUGGCAGAAGUGAUCGUUGAGACCUACCCACCAUCAAGUCCUACUGCUUCUUUCUUACUGGAAGCUAUUGAUCAAUCUGGCGCAUACGAGAGCGCCCUUGCUAGUUCGAAGAUGGAGGUCGAUUCGGAGAAGAACAAGUCUGCUCCCAAAGAAAUACUGCCAGAGGUUGAUACCUAUUUAUCCAUCCUCGUUCAGAUCUACCUCUACGACAAGAAGGAUAUUCAAGGGGGCGCAAAGUUCUCGACAGCGUUGAUUGAGCGUCUGCGGACUCUUAAUCGUCGCACGCUAGACUCUCUUGCUGCUCGCGUGUACUUUUACUACUCCCUCUUCUUCGAGCAGGUUGCUCCCCUUCCCCCAUCUCCUGCUGCGGCGGUUACCUCCAUCCGCCAGCCCUUGCUCGCUGCGCUUCGGACAGCCGUUCUCCGGAAAGAUGUCGAUACUCAGGCCACCGUGAUGACCCUUCUCCUGCGGAAUUACUUGUCCACAUCCCAUAUCUCGCAGGCUGACUUGCUCAUCUCUCACAACCGCUUUCCGCCUUCUGCAUCGAACAAUCAGAUUGCUCGGUACCUCUAUUAUCUGGGCCGUAUUCGUGCGAUUCAGCUGCAAUAUACGGAUGCUCACGGGCACCUGAUUGGUGCCACUCGCAAGUCUCCUUCGAGUCAUAGUGCUCGUGGUUUCUACCAGGCUUCCCACAAGCUGCUUGUAGUUGUUGAGCUUUUGAUGGGCGAUAUUCCCGAUCGUGCAAUCUUCCGCCAGCCUGCGCUUGAGCGCGCUUUGCACCCUUAUUUCUUACUCGUCCAAGCGGUGAGCGUUGGAGAUUUGGAUGGUUUCUUGAACAUUGUAAAUACGCACAGUGCAGCGUUCCGGAAAGAUGGUACCUACACCCUGAUCCUGCGUUUGAGGCAAAAUGUCAUCAAAACGGGUAUCCGGAUGAUGUCGUUGUCCUACUCUCGCAUCUCGCUUCGGGACAUUUGCCUGCGUUUGGGCCUGGACAGUGAGGAGUCGGCAGAAUAUAUCGUGGCCAAAGCGAUCCGCGAUGGUGUGAUUGAGGCCACCUUGGAUCAUGAGCACGGAUACAUGAAGAGCAAGGAAGUCGGAGAUAUCUAUGCCACUCGCGAGCCUGGAGAGGUGUUCCACGAACGUAUUCGCGCUUGCUUGGCUCUGCACGAUGAAAGCGUCAAGGCCAUGAGAUUUCCCAUGAAUCAGCAUCGUCUCGAGCUCAAGAGCGCACAGGAGGCUCGGGAACGGGAACGAGAGCUCGCCAAAGAGAUCCAGGAGGGAGACAUUGAUGACGAAGACGCUGGCGGUGAUUUUGACGCCAUCUACAUGAGAGCUCGAACGGUUUCGGCCUCUGGCCUUGUGCUCUCAUCUCGAAGAACACCUUCCACCUUGAUAUGCUGGCAAUGCCUCCGCGAUGACCUUCUUUCCAAACAAUCGCAGACACACGUUAGAAACUAUCACCCAACCCGGCGGAAAGAUGCCUCUCCCUUCGGCGCUGCCGUUUCUGCAGCACAGACAAUCUUCAAAGGUCUACCAAAGGCUCCUCCGGGGAUCUCGGUGGACCCAUUGAGGAUUGUAGGAAAAGAGCUCAAGUUCCUAACGAAAAAUAUUCGUCAAUUGCUCGGCUCGGGACAUCCGACUCUCGAUAAAGUGGCCAAGUAUUAUACCCGAAGCGAGGGUAAACACAUGCGUCCCCUUCUGGUGCUGCUCAUGUCUCAAGCGACUGCCUUGACUCCGGGGAAGAGUCGUCCGAACGAUGUAGCCCCAAUUUCGGUCAAUGAUCCCAUUUCCUCACCCUCGAUACUCGCCGACACGAACCCGGAUACAAACAGCCUUGUUUCAGAGUCAGCCGAGGCCCAAUAUGAUUUUGCGGGGGACGAGAACAUCCUGCCAUCCCAGCGACGACUCGCUGAGAUCACCGAAUUAAUCCACACUGCAUCGCUUCUCCACGACGACGUGAUAGAUAAUGCCGUCACCCGCCGGUCGUCCAACUCUGCGAACCUCCAAUUUGGAAACAAAAUGGCUGUCCUGGCCGGAGAUUUCCUGCUAGGCCGAGCCUCCGUUGCUCUGGCGCGCUUGAGGGACCCCGAAGUCACCGAGCUCCUCGCCACUGUGAUUGCCAACCUGGUUGAGGGCGAGUUCAUGCAGUUGAAGAACACUGUAGCGGACGAGAAAAAUCCCGUUUUCACCGACGAAACCAUCUCGUACUACUUGCAGAAGACCUAUCUGAAGACCGCUAGUCUGAUUAGCAAAUCAUGCCGCGCUGCUGCAUUGCUUGGUGGUAGUACGCCCGAGGUGGUUGAAGCUGCUUAUUCCUAUGGACGCAAUCUCGGCCUGGCGUUUCAGCUGGUGGACGAUCUGCUGGAUUAUACGGUGAGCGGGGUCGAGUUGGGCAAGCCUGCUGGCGCAGAUCUGGAACUGGGACUUGCGACUGCUCCGCUGCUCUUCGCUUGGAAACAAAACCCUGAGCUGGGUCCCCUAGUGGGCCGCAAGUUUAGCCAGGAAGGAGACGUACAAAGAGCCCGUGAGAUUGUGUAUAAGAGCGAUGGUGUUGAACAGACGCGCGCUUUGGCCCAGGAGUACGCCGAUAAGGCCGUUGCUGCCAUUAGCAACUUCCCUGACAGUGAAGCGAAGAGUGGUCUGAUCCAGAUGUGCGAGAAAACCAUGAAUCGGAGGAAGUGAAUUACUUUAAAAGGCUGCGUCAGGAGUCCGUCGGAGGAUGGUAUAUACCAGCUGGUCCUCAGGACUAAGUUGCCUACACAUUCUCCCGAUUUCAUACGCUCUCCACAUCCAACCACAGAUUGACCCAAAGUGUACAGCCGUCGAUCGCGACGUACGACCGAGUGUGACAUUAUCCUUCCACUAUCUAUGUAUCAUUAACCCUCUCCUUCUAUGAUUCCUAGAAUUUGCAUCUUUCUGUCCCCUCUCACCAAUUUAUGCCUUCCCUUUGUUUCUGCAUCUGGUUGACAGCGAUAAGAAAGGUCAUAGACAUAUGAUAAUGAGACAGGAAGACAUAAAAUGUAAUUGUCAAUAGAUCCAAUCUUUCUUCAUGUGAUUCUUAUGGGACCAUAGAUGUUUUGCUUUUAUUAGAUUAUCAAAUGC